UAGUGCGAUCGGUUACAAACACCUGGACAGUGCCUACGCCUAUGAGAAUGAAGAGGCUAUUGGUCAGGCUAUCAGGGAAUGGAUGGACAUUGGAGGACUGAAAAGGGAAGACUUCUUCAUAACUACCAAGCUGCCCAACAUCGCCAUGCGCCAGGAACUGGUAGAUGAAUACUUGCAAAGAUCUUUGAAAAAUCUGCAGCUAGACUACGUAGAACUUUACCUAAUCCAGAAUACUGUUGUGUACAAGCCUGGAUACGAGCUUUAUCCCCACGACAAGGACGGCAGCAUCGAACUAGACUUCCAGAGCGAUCACGAUAAAAUCUGGCAGGCAAUGGAGAAGAAAGUGGACAAAGGCUGUGCAAAGCACAUUGGCUUGUCCAACUUCUCGCUCCGUCAAGUAGACCGAUUGAUGGAGAAAGCAUCAAUCCCGCCCGCCAAACAUACAGGCGGAAUGCCACCUUUACUUUCAACAACAGGAGUUACGCCAGUGGCCAUGAUGAACUUCUUCAGAGAGGCCAGGAAGAACAGCGAAAUCAAGAUGAAGUCUCCUCUGGAUGACCCCUUGGUAGAUCGCUUGUCGCGGGUCCACAAGAAGACCAAGGCCCAGAUAUUGCUCAGACAUCUUCUGCAGCUCGGGGUUGUGGUCAUCCCCAAAAGCAGCACCACUGAACACAUGUUGGAAAACAUUAACGUGUUUGACUUCGAGCUCAGCACCCAAGAGUUGGCCGAACUGAACGCUCUGGAUCAGGGCGAACAUGGAAGAAAGUUCAGUUUGGUCGGAUUCUUCAAGGGAUACGAAAAACAUCCUGAAAAUCCUCACCCGCUAGAUGAUUAGGCAUUACGUGCUUGGCCCAACAAU